AUGCUUUCUGUUACCCGGCGGUCAUAUAUACUGCUUUUCGCAGACUGGAGAAGAGAAUUCCAAACUCUUGCCUGCUUCCAGGCUCAGCAAGGUUCUCUUUACAUCAUGUACGUAAGUAUAGUACAUCACAGUGACUGCUGUUUUAUUGUUUGUCUGUCUGUGUUUAUUUUCUUCCCUACCCCCUAUCCAUUUAUUUUGCAAACCCCAUUUGUUGUGCUGUUUUCUAACUUGCUUGACUCUCUCACUGAUGCCUGUGAGACCCCAAGUAUGGGAUUAGCAAAUGAUGCUGUUGCUUAUGACCCAUAA